AUGAGCUCGUCUGCGGUGGUAUCUGCACUGUUAAAAUGGCUCGAGGGCAAUGGAACGACCGACAUGUUGCUGGAAAUUCGAUACCUUGGCAAAUGCGAAGGUCAUGGGGUGCUCGCCAAGCAGUCGCUCGCCUGUGGUCAAGUGGCAUUGCAGAUCCCGUUCAGGCUCACAAUGACGAUCGAGUCUGCCGCUCACUCGGAUCUUGCACUCGUGCUCAAAAGGCAUCCACAGAUCCCACCUGAUGAGGUGCUGGCACUGCAUCUCAUGCACGAGCGGAGCAAAGGCAAAAGAUCGUUCUUUGCUCCGUUCAUCGCGUCGUUACCAGCUACAUUCGACUUGCCUGUGUUCUGGUCAGAAGCCGAGCUGAUCGAGCUCAAAGGCACAAAUGUGCUGCUGCUGACACAAAUGAUGCAGCGACAGCUAAAGAGGGACUACCAGAGCAUUCACCAAGAAGUGACGGACGAGUUUCCCGAGAUUUUUGCACCGCUGCCGACACUGACGCUCGAGGAUUAUACAUGGGCAAUGGCUGUGAUCUGGAGUCGUGCGUUUGGUGUGACCAAAGACGGGAGGUACUUGCGUCUGCUGUGUCCAGCGAUGGACAUGUUCAAUCAUGAUGUGAACUUGCACAACCCACUGGAUGAUUUUGUUUCGUUCGAUGAAGAGAAGCAAAUGAUGGUCCAUCAUGUUCCAACCGAAGUACCGAACGGAUCUGCCGUCAACAUUAGCUAUGGGCAGUACUCGAAUGCGAAAUUGCUUUAUUCGUAUGGCUUCGUCGCACAAGAGAACUCUAGACGGGCUGUGGACUUUUGGGUGAAGAUUCCACCAGCAGAUCCGUAUUUGAAGCUGAAGCAAACCCUUCUGGAUACGAACGAGCUUACGAAGGAACAGACGUACGACUUUUGCGGCACUCUUUUUCGAAAUGAUGUUGACGAGAGACUCCUCGCUACACUGCGCGUGGUUUUGAUGGACGAGCAGGAGAUUCGUCUGUACAAAAAGGCUUUCGAGUCAUCUAUCAUCAGCGCUCGCAAUGAACUGGCUGUCUACAACAACAUACAAAAUUCCUGUCGCCGUAAGCUCGAGACUUUUCCGACGACGCUCGAGGAGGACAAGGCGAUACUGGCUGAUGCAACGGCAGAGUCGAGCUUUCGGCUGCUGCUUGCGGUUCAAGUGCGCAUCGAAGACAAACAAGUGUUUGCAGGGGUCAUCGACACAAUCGAACAAUGGAAACACGUCCUAGCUACUUGUCCUGAGAAGUACCCACCUAGUACUACUCGGUUGUAA